AUCAGUGAUCAACGGAAAGAGCCGAAGAUGUCGGCUCAGUCAUCGCCAGCAGUGCCACCUGUCAGUGUCCAUCAGUGCCAGCUGUCAGUGCUCAUCCAGGCCACCUGCCAGUGCCCAUCAGUGCCACAUUUCAGUGCCUACCAGUGCCCAUCAAUGCCACAUAUCAGUGCCCAUCUGAGCUGCCUUUCAGUGUCACCCAUCAAUGCCAGUCAGUGCCACCUAUCAGUGCUGCCAGUCAGUGCCGUCUAUCAGUGUGCAUCAGUGCCGCUUAUCAGUGCCAGUCAGUGCCACAUAUCAGUGCCACCUAUCAGUGCCAUAUAUGAGUGCUGCCUUUCAGGUGCCCAUCAGUGAUGCCUGUCA